CUCUCCCAACGAGCCGAAUUCCUGUGCCCUUCUCACUGUUUUGCCGCCGCCAUGGCGCGCUAGCGAACGUCCAAGAAGUGGCAAGGCUUUCGUCGCCCACAUGCUCGUUAUAGUGUUAUUACCGUCCAAGACCGCCACUGUUAUUGUCAGAAGAGUAUUCGCCAGCAAGCGAGAUCCCUCGUACAUUUCGUGAGAAAUCCUUCUCUGCUCGGGACCUAACCGAGGGUCGCCACUGCAAGCAGCGGCAAGGUCAGAUGAUUGACGGUCUGGACGCUCGAUCCUGCCCACAUCCAACGGAGGACCGCAUCGUCCGCGCUCGGCUGCUUGGCAAAUCUCCCCCUUCCAACCAAGCCCUCGGGAGGUCAGCCUUGGCCACAGCCUUGGCAAUGUAUUCCGGCUAAAUGGCGUCAGCGACGCCAUUGGCCCACUGCCCAAGCUGCUCCGUACCAAGUGUCUUAGCCUUGCCGUCUCCCGCAAAACCCGGCCCCUGUGCUGCACUGGCGCAUGCUGGGCGCCCAUCUGCGACCCUGCCGCUUCCCCACCGGUCUUGUGGCCUCUGGCGCCCUUCUCUCGACGGCUUAAUGCGUGACAGCCUUGGGUCCUGUAUUCACCCGGCCGUGCCAACCGUGCCAAUCGUGACAAUCUUCGCGGGGCCCCGCCUGGGCCGCAACCAUGGCCGACACGUCCCCGUGGGGCCAUGUAGCAGUAGCCCCAGGUCGGAAGCUACGUGCCCAGGGAUGUGGUGCAUGGCGUGAACCUUGGUUCCUCGGUAGGUACCCUUCGUUUCUCCGCCCAAGAUAAAAAGAUCGAGCGAUCCACCCCCGACGAUCCCCUUCGAACCCCUUUUCUCUCCCCAGAGAGACUUUCUUCUCCAGCAACAUCUUCUGCUGCGGGAUCGCCCUUCCAUUUGUGUGGAAGUCUAACACCAGCAGCCACCGUCGCUGUCUCUCAACCACCGUUCCCCUUCCGCUGGUCAAACAGUCGUCAUGGGGCUGCUCGACAAACUCAAGCAGAAGCCCAAUAGUGACGCUGUGGCUCAGGCGCAGGAUGAGGCUCCCAAGUUCGAGAGGGUGACCUGGUACGCGGAGCCGGGUCUCCGGUCCUUGGCCUGGUAUGCCUUCAUUCUGUCGAUUGCCUCGGCCAGUACCGGUUACGAUGGAAUGCUUCUGAACUCGAUCCAGAACUUCGACAGCUGGAACGACAAGUUCGGGAUGCAAGGCGAGAACAAGAGCCUCCUGGGUCUUGUAGUUGCCAUGUACCAGAUUGGCAGUGUCAUCUCCAUUCCGUUUGUCCCCGAGGUGACCGAUCGCUAUGGCCGCAAGUGGCCCAUCGUCAUUGGCGCUGUCAUUACUACUGUCGGUGCCAUCAUCCAGGGAGUCGCCAACGACCUCGGCACGCACAUGGGCGGUCGUUUCCUGCUCGGCUUUGGCAACUCGUUCUCUCAGAUGUGCUCGCCCAUGCUCCUGACCGAGAUCAUGCACCCGCAACACCGCGCUCGCCUGACCACUGUGUACAACUGCUUGUGGAACGUCGGCGCCGUCCUUGUCGGUCUUACCGCUUUCGGUACCGAGUCCUACGGCAACGACUGGUCCUGGCGCGUUCCCUGCAUCCUCCAGUCCAUUCCUUCGAUCAUCCAGAUCCUCGGCAUUUACUGGGUCCCAGAGUCGCCUCGUUAUCUGGUGGCUCAGGACAGGAGCGAGGAGGCCCUCGCGAUGCUUGCCAAAUACCAUGGCAACGGAGACGAGAACCACCCUACCGUCCAGUUCGAAUACCGUGAGAUCCGCGAAACCAUCAAGAUGGAGCAGGCUGCUAGCAAGUACAGCAGCUACAUGGACUUUUUCCGGACUCCUGGCAACCGCUACCGCCUUCUGCUCCUGUUCACCAUGGCUCUGUUCUCGCAAUGGUCCGGCAAUGCCAUCGUAUCCAACUACAGCGCCCUUCUCUACAAGAAUGCGGGCAUCGCGGAUGCCAGGCAGCGCCUUGGGCUGAGCACUGGCAACUCACUUCUCUCCCUCUUCAUCUCACUUACCUUUGCCAUGAUGGUUGACAAGUUUGGCCGCCGUCCUACCUUCCUGACAUCAACCGCUGGCAUGUUCUUCACCCUGAUCCUCUGGACGCUCUCGUGCGCACUGUAUGAGACCAAGGACUCGCCCGGUGCCGAAAACGCCCUCAUCUUCUUCAUCUGGCUCUUUGGAAUUUUCUACUCCAUCGCUUGGUCGGGCUUGCUGAUCGGAUACGCGCUGGAGAUUCUGCCUUAUGUGCUCCGUGCCAAGGGAAUGAUGGUUCUCAAUAUCGUCGUCCAGCUGGCCCUGACAUUCAACAACCUGGCCAACGCCCCUGCUCUGCAGGCCUUUGGAAGUACCGAGGGUUCCAAGGGCGAGACCUGGAAACUUUACCUCAUCUACACCUGCUGGGUCGGCUUCGAGCUGUUCAUUGUCUGGUGGAAGUACAUCGAGACCAAGGGCCCCACGCUCGAGGAGCUCGCGAAGCUCAUCGACGGGCCCGACGCCGCACCCGUGCUGGACCUGGACCAGAUUGUGAAGGAGACCCAGAUGGAACGCGGCGCGAGCAACGAGGAGAAGCGCGUCGAGGUCCAGGGAGUCACCGUGGCCGACGACAAGCGCGUCUAGGCUCGCUUCUGUCACCCCGUUUACUGCUGCUUUGGGGCUUCUAACCUACGUCUCGAAAAAAGGGGCGAUGGGUUCAACGCUCGUUUUUUGUUAUCGCGCUUCGUUUCUUAUGUCCCUGUGACUCAGAGGGGAACGUCCUGGUCCUUGAGGCGUCCCCGUUCUUGCAAUAGUACAUGGACUAGCCUGCUCUAUGUGCGCCACCAUCUUUUAAUCCGUAUACCUAAAAUCUGCUCGCGGUGCUUUGUUUUCCACCGUGUUCCUUUUUUAAUGCACAGUUCAGCUCCAGGCCUUUACUCCUGGCUACCCGUUAUAAG